AUAAUGUAAGAAUGUGAUAUUUAUUUAUUACAUUAAUAGUUUGUAAUACCACAGUCGUAUUCGUUAAAUUGGCUGGAUUGGUGUUAAGUCAUGGAGUUUAGAAUCAUUUGCUUGAUUUUGACAUUAAUUGCUGCUGCAUCAGCAUCGCCCAGCAGCCGCAUAGUGGGCGGCACACCGACUACAAUCUUCGAGUACCCGUUUGUGGUGUCCGUCGAGUAUCAUUACCCCGCAGCGGAUCUCCGCGUGCAGCGGUGCGUCGGCUCGCUCAUCUCUUCGUGGCAUGCACUCACCGCGGCUUACUGCUUCACCGAUGCAGCACUGAACAGCACGAGCAUCCGCGCUGGAUCCUCCACAAGCCUCGUCGGCGGGACCGUGGUUUCUAUCCGCGAGGUCAUCCUACAUCCUGACUAUGUUGAAAACCCUCGAACCGGGGAUAUCGCUAUCGUGGUGCUGACCGCCCCACUUGCCCUUACAGCCGCUAUCAACAUCGCGUACAUACCUCCACAGCAAACCUUCAUCCCGGACGGAUAUCCUGUAGAAAUCGUCAGCUGGGGAUCUGAGUUUGUAGACGGGCCACAAAUUGGCAGCUUACAGAAAAUUAACUCAAACGUGGUAGCUCAAGCACAGUGUGAAGCAGCUUAUGAAGAAAAUGAAAACGUCGUUAUUUACGACCAAGUGUUGUGCGCUGCAUCUGAAGGCACCAGCGUAUGUACCGGCGAUUCUGGAGCGCCUCUAAUCAUCGGGGAGACCCUGAUAGGCCUGUCCUCUUACUUCACCGCCUGUGAUGACAGCACACCUGAUGUAUUCACUAGGGUAGAUAGGCACACUGGCUGGAUCUUGGAGCACGCCGUGCCUCCUAAUGGUAAAAAUGCAGAUGCAUCCAUCAGGAUAGCACGUUCUGUUUUGUAAAUUGUGUGAAAUAUAUGUACUUGGAAUUUUUUUGUUUUAUUUUUUCGACAUUUAUUACUAGCUGUAACUGGUAGUACAUCGCAUAUGGAACAAUUGUCUCCCACUUCCAUAAGAAUUUAAAAAUCCUUCUUAAUGCUAACAUAUUUAGAAUGCACUUAUACAUAUUCUAUUCAUAUGUCAUACACACCCACACUCAUACAUACACGCGCACGUGCACACACACACACACACGCAUACAUUUUUAUCACAAUUUCACUGAACCCAUAAAUUAUUGUUUCUCUAAAAUUAUGGGCUCCAUUGUAAUUUUUGUAUUUGUUACUUCACUGUUUCAUAUUGUUUCAUUAAAAAUGUAA